AUGCUGGCGCUCGCCUGCCUACCCCUGGCGUUCGCGUCGCACCCUGGCGGCUACCAGCCGCUCACCUUCUUCACGUCGAAUACGGCGCUCAAGAAUGCGGUCGACGAAUGCUACCCGACAAGCGGGCCGACCACCGGCCCACCCUCCGCAACCGGCCCGUGCGCCACGCCGAUCGGAGACUGGGACGUGAGCGCAGUCACUGACAUGAUGGGUCUAUUCCACAACAUCUCGUACUUCAACGAGGACAUCUCAACCUGGGACACCGGCGCCGUCACCGACAUGGAGUCCAUGUUUUACGACGCUGUGUCCUUCAAUCAAGAUUUGCCGUGGGACACGUCGAGCGUCGAGACCUUCAAGCAGAUAUUUGCACAGGCGGUGGCCUUCAACGGCGACAUCUCCACGUGGGACGACAUCAGCACGUGGGACAUGUCCAACGUGCGCACCACGUCCGCCAUGUUCUCGGGCGCCUUCGCCUUCAACCAGGACAUCAGCACGACAUCCUGGAACGUCUCCAACGUCGAGUUCAUGAAUGCCAUGUUCGCGUCUUCCAACUUCAACCGCACUGCGUACCCGCUCGAGACAACGGGCGAGUGGGCCGAGCGGCUCAACACGACGGCCGUCGUAAACACCACUUGCCCGCCGCAGCCGCCCGAUGACCUUUGGGUCAUCAGCGGCCUCGGAGCCAACCAGCAGCUGUACUGCGGACACUCGUGCUGUCCAUUGACCGGUGCUCUGAGACCACCGUAG